UGCGACGCGACAUGGCGACUGUCAAAGUGACGGAGCAAAAGGUUAUCUUGUGCGGCGAAUACGGCGUCGGCAAGACGUCUAUAUUCCGGCGCUUCGCCAAUAACACGUUCGUUGCCAGUAAUGAUCCUACAACUAUGGGACACUGGUGGCAUGGAAAGAGUGGCGUCUGUCACUUCGAGUUAUUACAAAUUCGCGGAGGCCGCCAUUCUGGUGUUCGCCCUGGAUAACUCGACGUCGUUUCACCUGUUGUCCCAACACUUGCUCGACAUAGUCACGUACGCAGAGAACGCAAAGAUAUUCCUCUGCGGAAACAAAAGUGACUUGGAGAGCGUUGCGCCCCAGGUCACGGAUGCGGAGAUGGAGCAAUUCUGCGAACAAUGCCACAAUUUGAUAUCGGGGAUAUACAAAACGUCGUGCAAGACCGGCGAGGGAGUGAACGAGAUGUUCGAGGAUAUAGCGCAGCAUCUGGUCGAAGCUAACCGGUCGCGAAUGGAGCUUCACGAGAUGGACAAGGACCGAUUUAAAAUCUCGUACAUCGACGAGGCGGCUGAUCCCUCGUGCUUGUGUUAACUCGCGAAUUAAUCCCGCGCACGAACACGACAUUUAUGACUCCUGAGAAUCAGUUUCUCAGGCUCAACGGCGGAUUAUAACGCAAUGUAACGAAAA